GCUACAAACGCUCGAACUCAUUAGUUGACAAUAUGGCGGGGCUGAUCAUGUGAUUGCGUAUAUAGCAAUUACAUGUUAAAACUUCCCGACAUCAGACUGGUGAAAUGGCGAGCGGGAGCCGUUUUUUGCUGGUGUUCAGCCUUUUUUUGACUAAUGGUAUAUCUGCAAGACCUUUGCCAUUGAAAUAUGGAUCUGCUCUUGUCGACAAUGCCUCCACAAUGGAAGGAGCAGGCGACAACCAAGCGGAAACAAAAAGAGCGGAUAUCGCCAUGAAUGGGGAAGAAGAGCAAAUCGAUUCAUCUCGUGAGUCACCUACUCACGAGAAAAAAAGUGGAGAAAACGGUGUUCAAUUUACUUUGAAGAAAGGAGCAAAUAUAGUAGAUGCGAAGAAAGAAGAGGACGCCCUUAAAAGAGCUCAACCAAUCGAAAAUGGUCGCGAAAGAAAGGAAGAGGCCGAUCCACCUGGACAGCACCAUGAGGAGGAGGAGAGAGGGGUCCAUCCACCUGAACAGCACCAUGAGGAGGAGGAGAGAGGGGUCCAUCCACCUGGAGAGCACCAUGAGGAGGAGGAGAGAGGGGCCCAUCCACCUGGACAGGACCUUGAGGAGGAGGAGAGAGGGGCCCAUCCACCUGGACAGGACCAUGAGGAGGAGGAGAGAGGGGCCCAUCCACCUGAACAGCACCAUGAGGAGGAGGAGAGAGGGGUCCAUCCACCUGCACAGCACCAUGAGGAGGAGGAGAGAGGGGUCCAUCCACCUGAACAGCACCAUGAGGAGGAGGAGAGAGGGGUCCAUCCACCUGAACAGCACCAUGAGGAGGAGGAGAGAGGGGUCAAUCCACCUGAACAGCACCAUGAGGAGGAGGAGAGAGGGGUCCAUCCACCUGAACAGCACCAUGAGGAGGAGGAGAGAGGGGUCAAUCCACCUGAACAGCACCACGAGGAGGAGGAGAGAGGGGUCCAUCCACCUGAACAGCACCAUGAGGAGGAGGAGAGAGGGGUCCAUCCACCUGAACAGCACCACGAGGAGGAGGAGAGAGGGGUCCAUCCACCUGAACAGCACCAUGAGGAGGAGGAGAGAGGGGUCCAUCCACCUGAACAGCACCAUGAGGAGGAAGAGAGAGGAGUCCAUCCACCUAGAAACCACCAUGAGAGGGAGAAGAGAGGGGUCCAUCCACCUGGAAACCACCAUGAGAAGGAAGAGAGAGGGGCCCAUCCACCUGGAAACCACCAUGAGGAGGAAGAGAGAGGGAUCCAUCCACCUAGACACCACCAUGAGGAGGAGGGAAGAGGGGCCCAUCCACAAGGGCAUCACCAUGAGGAGGAUGAGAGAGGAGUCCAUCCACCUGAAUACAACCAUGAGGAGGAGGAGAGAGGGGUCCAUCCACCUGAAUACAACCAUGAGGAGGAGGAGAGAGGGGUCCAUCCACCUGGACACCACCAUGAUGAGGAGGAGAGAGGGGCCCAUCCAUCUGGACACCACCGUGAGGAGGAGGAGAGAGGGAUCCAUCCACCUAGAAACCACAAUGAGGAGGAGGAGAGAGGGGUCAAUCCACCUGAACAGCAUUAUGAGGAGGAAGAGAGAGGGAUCCAUCCACCUAGAAACCACAAUGAGGAGGAGGAGAGAGGGGUCCAUCCACCUGCACAGCACCGUGAGGAGGAGGAGAGAGGGGCCCAUCCACCUGGACACCACCAUGAGGAGGAGGAGAGAGGGGGUGAUCCACCUGGACCGGACCAUGAGGAGGAGGAGAGAGGGGCCCAUCCACCUCAACAUCACCAUGAGGAGGAGGAGAGAGGGGCCCAUCCACCUGGACAGCACCAUGAGAGGGAGAAGAGAGGGGUCCAUCCACCUGGAAACCACCAUGAGGAGGAAGAGAGAGGGGUCCAUCCACCUGAACAGCACCAUGAGGAGGAAGAGAGAGGGAUCCAUCCACCUAGAAACCACAAUGAGGAGGAGGAGAGAGGGGUCCAUCCACCUGAACAGCACCAUGAGGAGGAAGAGAGAGGGAUCCAUCCACCUAGAAACCACAAUGAGAGGGAGAAGAGAGGGGUCCAUCCACCUGGAAACCACCAUGAGGAGGAAGAGAGAGGGAUCCAUCCACCUAGACACCACCAUGAGGAGAGAGAGAGAGGGGUCCAUUCACCUGAACAGCACCAUGAGGAGGAAGAGAGAGGGAUCCAUCCACCUAGACACCACCAUGAGGAGGAGGAGAGAGGGGCCCAUCCACCUGCACAGCACCGUGAGGAGGAAGAGAGAGGGAUCCAUCCACCUAGAAACCACAAUGAGGAGGAGGAGAGAGGGGUCCAUCCACCUGAACAGCACCAUGAGGAGGAAGAGAGAGGGAUCCAUCUACCUAGAAACCACAAUGAGGAGGAGGAGAGAGGGGUCAAUCCACCUGAACAGCACCAUGAGGAGGAAGAGAGAGGGAUCCAUCCACCUAGAAACCACAAUAAGGAGGAGGAGAGAGGGGUCCAUCCACCUGAACAGCACCAUGAGGAGGAGGAGAGAGGGGCCUAUCCACCUGCACAGCACCGUGAGGAGGAGGAGAGAGGGGCCCAUCCACCUGGACAGCACCGUGAGGAGGAGGAGAGAGGGGCCUAUCCACCUGCACAACACCGUGAGGAGGAGGAGAGAGGGGUCCAUCCACCUGGACAGCACCAUGAGGAGGAGGAGAGAGGGGUCCAUCCACCUGGACAGCACCAUGAGGAGGAGGAGAGAGGGGCCCAUCCACCUGGACAGCACCAUGAGGAGGAGGAGAGAGGGGCCCAUCCACCUGGACACCACCAUGAGGAGGAGGAGAGAGGGGCCCAUCCACCUGGACAGCACCAUGAGGAGGAGGAGAGAGGGGCCUAUCCACCUAGAAACCACCAUGAGGAGGAGGAAAGAGGGGCCCAUCCACCUGGACAGCACCAUGAGGAGGAGGAGAGAGGGGUCCAUCCACCUGGACAGCACCAUGAGGAGGAGGAGAGAGGGGUCCAUCCACCUAGACAGCACCAUGAGGAGGAGGAGAGAGGGGUCCAUCCACCUGCACAGCACCAUGAGGAGGAGGAGAGAGGGGUCCAUCCACCUGGAGAGCACCAUGAGGAGGAGGAGAGAGGGGCCCAUCCACCUGGACAGCACCAUGAGGAGGAGGAGAGAGGAGUCCAUCCACCUGGACAGCACCACGAGGAGGAGGAGAGAGGGGUCCAUCCACCUGGACAGCACCAUGAGGAGGAGGAGAGAGGGGUCCAUCCACCUGGACAGCACCAUGAGGAGGAGGAGAGAGGGGUCCAUCCACCUGGACAGCACCAUGAGGAGGAGGAGAGAGGGGUCCAUCCACCUGAAGAGCAUCAUGAGGAGGAGGAUAGAGGGGUCCAUCCACCUGGACAGCACCAUGAGGAGGAGGAGAGAGGAGUACAUCCACCUGGACAGCACCACGAGGAGGAGGAGAGAGGGGUCCAUCCACCUGCACAGCACCAUGAGGAGGAGGAGAGAGGGGCCCAUCCACCUGGACACCACCAUGAGGAUGAGGAGAGAGGGGUCUAUCCACCCGGACAGCACCAUGAGGAGGAGGAGAGAGGGGCUUAUUUACCUGAGUCUUUCCAAUAUGAAAAUGAGGAGGCAGGCAGAUUCCAUGGAGUGGAAGAGGAUAGUCAAGACCGCCUACGACACCAAGAGUUUGACGGCGAAGAAAGACGCUAUCCGUCUUAUGCCGAGGAUGGUGAUGGCUAUGAAAAUCCCCUUAAUUACGAGAAUUUGCCUCCUUACCCUUCCCACCUCGAGGAGAAAAGAGCGUUUAAAGAGCUGAUUCACCCUCGCCCUGAAUACGAGCAAGUCAACGAUGUUGGUGACGAUUCCCUGCAAGAAGAAAGAGCUCUUCCGUUUGACGAUGAGGAAAGAUCCGUCCCAUCCUCCCAGAGACAGGAGGUUCCCGAUGCUCGUUACCUUGAUGACUUGGAUGAUGAACUACUUCUACAAGAGAUGGAAGAAGAAGCCAAUCCUUUGCCAUAAAAGGAACACAAUGGAUAUCGAAAAUAUUACCCACGGAUGAAUUGUAAAUACAGCGACAAAAGGUGAAACGCCACAAAAAAUUCUUCGCUGCGCACAAUUUAGUGUUAGUGUUAAUGUCUGCACACAACGGAAUACAGGCACGGGUCUAGAUAAGCCGAAACUAGAAUAGUAAUCUUCGAAUUACAUCCAUUUUAAAAAUGGUACUUGCACUUGAGAAUCAAUGUUUCGUAGUCUGCCGUGGCUCAUGGGUAAGGCAUAAAUUGCAGAAUCCGGGAAAAUAUAUAAAUAUAUAUAAAAGCUAACAGGUACAUAACCACUAAAUGGUACAACUUUUUAAACCAUAAAUGGUUUAUUUUUAUGGUCAUUUACGCAUCUAUUUGAUACCCAUGGUGCACUGCGGGCUACGACACAUGGAACAACCGUGUGCAAGUUUUUUUUAAAUAGGUGUAUAUAGACAGAGAGACGGAGAAGUCGAAUUAAAUUAAACUAAUAAAAAUCACGUUCACUUCCUGUGCUCUCGUACCCUCGCUGUAUGCCAUGAAUUCUAGAGGACACUCCGAGAGGAUUCCCGAGGAGACUCGGUGAGGGAUAUCCGAGCCGUUGAAGAUUCCAGUUCGUCGAGAUUCACCAUUUGUGAGCAAUGCAUAAUGAACCAGGUGUAUAGUUUUCGAAACCUUGACUUUUUUAACGUAGUUUGAUAGGAACUUUUAUUGUGUAAAAUUUUCCUCUCAUUGUUUUCUUCUUCAAAAUAUUUUGCUUCGGUGAUGACUUCUCAAGUAAAAUCUAAGUAAUAGGAUGAAUCUAAUAUUAUCCGAAAGCGUGUACACAUUAAUUGCCUAUAAGAUGCUUAAUAAAUAACCCAGAAGAAGGGAUCAUACAAACAA